AUGGCAACGAGACAACAACAGAAAGGAACAGGCUCGGGGGUUCAGUACGAGGAUCUUGUCCCUAAAUCCGAAUGGAAAGAUCAACCUGAAGCUACUCUUCUCACCAUUGAUCUUCCAGGUUUUGCAAAGGAGCAAAUAAAGGUGACGUAUGUACACACCUCUAAGAUGAUUAGAGUCACCGGAGAACGUCCUGUGACUGAUCGGAGAUGGAUUCGUUUCAACGAGGUGUUCAGUGUUCCACAGAAUUGUCUAGUGGAUAAGAUCCAUGGGAGCUUCAAGAACAAUAUCCUCACCAUCACACUGCCUAAGGAGACGAUCACGAAGGUGACUAAUCUUCCAGAAGCUUCUAAAACUGUGGCUGAGAAAGUGGAGAAGCUGGAGGAGAAGAGAGAAAGAGGAACUAAUUAG